UCGGACUGUCAUUUCACAGAACCUGGCCAAUAAGAUCCAGGGGAACUUUGUAAGCUCGGCCUUGAGCGCGCACAUAGUGCUGUCGAUGGCCGCCUACGGCGCUGGCGGCAUCACCGCCGAGGAGAUGCGAUCGGCCCUGCGACUGCCGAAAAACGACGAGGAGGCCUAUCGGGGCUUCCAGGAGUUCAUUACCAGUCUCGACAAUGUUUCAAAUGUUACCCUCAAAGUGGCGAAUAAAAUAUACAGUUCGAGCCUUCUCAAAUUGAAAGACAAAUUCAAAAAUCUCAGCAGUACACAUUUUGGCUCGGAAAGUGAAUCGUUGGAUUUCUCAAAAUCAAAUGCUGUCGAUAUAAUCAACAAAUGGUGUUCUGAACAAACGAAUGGGAAAAUACAAGACAUUAUUAAACCCGAACAACUAGGUGUUGACAUGAAAUUAGUACUGCUGAAUGCAGUAUAUUUCAAAGGAAAUUGGAAAAAACAAUUUGUUCGCGAACGCACAUCAUUGGCACCUUUUUAUACUAAUGAAACGACUACUGUAGAGGUUCCCAUGAUGAACGUCGUGGAUAAAUUUCAUUAUAAAGAGCUAAGUGAACUGGAUGCUGAAUGUCUUAUUCUUCCAUACGCGAAUGAAGAUGUGAACAUGAUAAUUAUACUUCCAAAAAAAGUCGAUGGUCUAAAAUACGUAGAAAAUAAUCUCGAAAAAUUCUCAUUUAAUUAUGAAACAGAUUUGAAGCAUUAUAAGCUCAAAAUUGAUCUUUCAUUGCCUAAAUUUAAGAUCAUAAGUGAUAUUAACAUGGUACCAUAUCUUAAAGAAAUGGGAAUGGUUAAUAUGUUUACUAAUGAAGCAAAUUUCAGUUCAAUUUCCGAUAGUCCACUAAAAGUGGACGAUGUAUUACAAAAAGCUUUUAUUGAAAUUAACGAAGAAGGUAGCGAAGCGGCCGCAGUUACUGGUUUGAGCAUGAACUAUAUUUUACCGUCAUACAUUGAACCUAUAAGAAAAAUAAAAGUGGACAAGCCAUUUCUAUACAAGAUUGUCUACAAAUUUACUACAAUUUUUGCCGGAAGAGUUGUUAAUCCAUUGAAAAUGUGAAUGCAAAGUUUCUUUUACC